AUGUACAACGAUGAGUCGGUGCUUGAGAACCACCAUCUUGCCGUUGCGUUCAAGUUACUACAGAACGACGGCUGCGAUAUCUUUAUCAACCUUCACAAGAAGCAAAGACAGACGUUGCGAAAGAUGGUCAUCGAUAUGGUGCUUUCGACGGACAUGUCCAAGCACAUGAGUCUCCCGGCCGACCUCAAAACCAUGGUUGAAACAAAGAAAGUAGCUGGGAGCGGUGUACUGCUUCUCGAUAAUUACACGGAUAGGAUACAAGUGUUGGAGAAUCUCGUACAUUGCGCCGAUCUGAGUAACCCCACUAAGCCGUUGCCACUGUACAAGCGUUGGGUGGCAUUACUUAUGGAGCGUUUAUAUGUAGUCAGUGCUAAACCGCAUGUUCUGAGAUCGAAUCUGUUUUAA